AUGGUCUACGACUGGGAAGGAAAGCGUGAUAUAUGCUAUCAGAUGUAUAUCGAGGACAAGAAAGCUCUAGAGGAGAUAAUGGAGUUCAUGAAGGACUCGUAUCAAUUUUCACCGAGUAAACGCGCUUUUCAGACACAGUUCAAACGAUGGGGGUUCCCGUCGAAGCAAAAUCCUGCCCAUAAAAAUGCCAUGCUGGUUGCACGAGUGAAGGAGCUCUGGGAACAGAACGUUAACCAACGUGAGAUGCUGAGGAUCCUGAAUGACGAGGGGUUCAACAUCAAGGAAAGAGAGUUGAUGCGAGUACGCGCUAAGAAUCGCUGGCUUUUGCGUGUCCCCAAUGGCAUGAAAUCAGAGGCACACGGACAACCGUCAAUUGAAACAUCUGUCGAAGAGGGUGUGCUUACAUUGCAGCAGGAGAUGUACGAGGGGCAUAGGCUCUCUAACGACAAUCAAUUGCUAACAAGCCAACCACCAUUUCAAACCUCCGUUCCUCCCAAUCCGUCACCGGAGAUCCUUGCAAGGCGUAAAGAGCGACUAGAGAGGUUACAAGCAGAAAGUGCCGAACGAUGGGCCAGCAAGAAACGUCGACGGCGAACCCGCGGUUGGGCAGGCUUACCAGCCGAUCCUCCUGGACCACCUCGGUUCCCUUCAGAAACUACCAUUGAUGAAAGUAAACAGUACCUCAACUUAGAUUCGGAACUCUAUCGUAAGAUACGUGACGAUUUCCAGAAAAUUUGCGAAGAGGCUGGCUUUAUAAAAAAGACUAUCGCUGGUCCAGAGCGGUGGCAGGAAGCUAAGAACAGACUAAUUCGUGAAUCUGCCCAUCUCAGAAGUGUUUUUUACACGGAUCCCACUAUGACAGAUACAAGCCAGUUGGAGGCCAAGAAGCUAGCGUUGGAUGUUGUUUGCACAGAUGUCACUAAACGUAUGAGAACUUUGGAGCGCCGAAUGACUAUUGCGGAGGCGAAAAACGCCCUUGGUGUUAACCCUGAGGAGAGUCGGCAAAUUCGCACCGCAUUCUACAAUACCUUGAAGGCUGAUCACUUCACCAGCAAACUCGAAGCAGGUGAUGAACAUUGGAGAGAACUGAAGGAACAGUGGAUUCACGGAUCUGAGCUUCUCCAGAGAAUCCUGGCACCAGGGAUGGCAGAUCCUGACCAUUCCACCAAAGUGAAAGCCAUAGAGGUUCUUUGUCGUGACGUUAUGAAACGGCUCCGCGAUGAUCAAGCAAAACGAGAUCCUUUGGGAAAAAGUUCAAAACCAAAGCCCAAACCUUCACAAACUAACACAGGAAAUGUCAUUUCUAAUACAUAUAACCAUGGCAUAAGUACUUUAGCCUCCGAAGCGCUUGCAAGUGCAUCCAUGACAACCAACGAUCUCGGUGAGAUGCAAAUAGAUCCUUCACUUCUCCAAGCCGCAAAUGAUACAUCGGUUGCAGGAACAUUUCAACAAAACACAGAACCGACCUUCGGCUAUGUUGAGUCACUUCUUGUUCGUCCUCCAAUUGCAGUUUACUUCCGCAUCAGUCCUCAAAGCCAAAUUCACGGCGCGUCGAAAACCUGGGUCGAAAAACUCAUUUCCAGUUCGGUAGCAGAACUGCGAAACCUGAUUCAAGCGAAAUAUCCCGCUUCCGUUGUUACUAGAAUCGAGGGUAUUGAAAAGGAUGAAAGGGGGGAUGAGAUAUCUUUUGUGGUUGAUGAAGAUCACGAGUUGGAUGCUUAUUUAACCCAUAUGCAUGGAAGAAAAGCCUCAUUUGUAAUCCGUUUGAGUCCAAGAGGACAAUGA